AUGCACUACCAAAGGAAUGUUGAAAGGUGUUUUAUAGAAGACAAAAGCUCCAAGGUGGCCUGGUUAAAUCGUUCUGGUAUUAUUUUUGCUGGUCAGGACAAAUGGUCACUGGACCCUCGAGUAGAGCUCCAGCAGCUUUCUCUUCUGGAAUACAGCCUUCGGAUCCAGAAAGUGGAUAUCUAUGAUGAAGGAUCAUACACAUGCUCAGUCCAAACGCUGCACCAUCCCAAGACUUCUCAAGUUUAUUUGAUUGUUCAAGUUCCACCAAAGAUCUCCAACAUAUCUUCAGAUGUCACUGUGAAUGAAGGAAGUAAUGUGACCUUAGUGUGUAUGGCAAAUGGACGUCCUGAACCUGUCAUCACCUGGAGGCAUCUCACCCCAACAGGCAGAGAAUUUGAAGGUGAAGAAGAGUUCCUGGAGAUCCUGGGAAUAACACGAGAGCAGUCAGGCAAAUAUGAGUGCAAAGCUGCAAAUGAGGUUUCCACAGCUGAUGUGAAGCAAGUCCGAGUCACUGUGAAUUACCCGCCAACUAUCACGGAAUCCAAGAGCAAUGUAUCUGCUACAGGGCGGCCAGUUUCACUUAAGUGUGCAGCCUCUGCUGUGCCUACGCCUGAUUUUGAAUGGUACAGAGAUGACACUAGGAUAAAUAGUGCCAAUGGUCUGGAGAUCAGGAGCAUAGGAAGCCAGUCCUUCCUGACAGUGACCAAUGUCACUGAAGAACAUUAUGGCAACUAUACCUGUGUCGCUACCAACAAACUUGGAAUCACAAAUGCUAGCCUAUUUCUUUACAGACCUGGUACAGGAAUUGCAGGCAAUGGAUCAAUGUGUCUGGCCGUACCACUGUGGCUGUUGGCAGUGUCCGUGUUCUGCCUACUCAGUAAAUGUUAAUAACAGCUGAAAUAAAAACCCAGAAACAUCAAGAACAACACAUAAAGCAAAAGAAAAAAAAUGUCAUACAGGAGACAGAGCAAGAGAGAGUGGGGGGAGGGAAAGGACAACUUCUUUCACAACUUUUGUGUGUGCUGCAACACAGGGAAGAAAUUUCAGUGAAAGAAGAAUCAGCCACAUUUAUUCUAACAACUGUCAAGCCACUGACCAUCCAGGAGUAUGGGAGACAGAUUAUCACAUAAUGAAGGCUGAAUUCUGCUAAGGAUGCGGAGAUGCUGUAAAAAGAAACAAUGAAAUUUCACUUUAUUAUCUCCAUUCUCUCAUAUCAUUUUCUCCUCUCUCUUUCCUUAUUUCCCUCCCUCCUUCCUUCCUUCCUUUCCUCCCUCCCUCCUUCAAGGAAAGAAAUGGCCUUUGCUUUGAUGUUGAUAGCCAUAAUCUUUUAAUUGGCUUGAUAAUUUCUUAAACUGAUAUUUAGCUUUUUCAGAUACCUGUAAAGAAUGAUACAGAGUUCUCUAGCAUACUGGUGUCCCAUGAAGAAACUCCGCACAGCCCUUACCUCACUUUCUUUCCCUUAGGCUGUCCAAUAUAUUUUGGGUAUCUUAGCCCUUCAUGCUUUGAGGAUGAUAAAAUUUAGAAAUUUUACUCAUCUGCCCUCUUGUUCUUGCCAGUCUCCCUGUCUUCUUUUCUCUCUCUCUCUGUCAUGUAUGUAUGAGUGCAUGUUUCUGUGUAUGUAUGUAUACAUUUCUCUCUCUUCCUCCCUCCCUCCCUUUCUCUCUCUCUCUCUCUCUCCCUCCCUCUCAAAAGCAUGCAAAGAAAACAGUCCUUGUGUACAUAAAUUCAUUCCUGUAGAUAAUGGCUUGCAUUGCACAUGAGGAUGACUGUUUCGCUUGGAUGUGAAUUCUGGGUGAUAAGGAGAUACACAAUGGUUUUCGCAAAAAAAAUUUGUUUUGACUUCUUCCUGCAAUCCCAGUUUUAGAAUCUAAAAUUUAGAGCACAUCCUUGGGUUUCUCUCGUUAAAUCUGAAUAGCAAUCAAGUAUAAUCUGUAAGUUAUCCUCAUUGCUCUUCAAUUUUCCUUUGUCUACCUAGCCAUAGAUAGGGCCAAAGAUUCUGAGCCUCAAGGAGUCUGCAGAUUAAUUACCCUUGAGCAUGUUCAGUCUUCGCUGAACGAGGAUCACACAGGAACAAUUGUAGCUAUAAGAAUCCAUUGUCCAAAUCCAUUCCAUUAACUGGAGAGAGAGGAAGUUGCAAGAUCAGCAAAAGUGGUUCAAUCUGUACCCUGCAUCAACUACAUACAGACUUAAAGAAUUGAUCUAAAUAAAUAUUUAAAGGGGUUCAGAACUCCCAGGAAUCUAGAGAGAUAUAGACAGGGUAGACAGUACAUGUUAUCAUAUAUGUUACAUACUAGUAGAAGGGCAUAUAUAAGGCCAUAGGUUCUGUCAUGGGACUGAAAAAAGAUGAUAAGCAGCAAUCAUUGGUUGGGGAAGAACAUCAAAGUAUAUCACUUAUAGGUUAUAUCUAAUUGUACUUCAAGAAGAUAUAAAUAUGGUCCCAUUUUGUCCAGCCCAUAAAUUAUAUAUAUUUUGACUGUUUAUUGUAAAUCCUUGAAACUGAUCCUGCAGUCAUUUACUGUUGUUUACUUCAGGGCUGUCGAAAUCCGGCCCGCAGGCUGGAUGCGUCAUGUGCUGGCCAUGCUCACGCCUGGUUUAGCAAAGGGAGAAAAAGUCCCGAUAUGUCACAUGAUGCCACCAUAACUAUAUGAGUUUGACACUCCUGCUUUCCUUGCAUUAGAGGCCAACUUUUCUCUGCUUGGACAGGGUCAUAUCAGAUAGUCUCUCUUGCUGAGGGAUGGUUUUGAGAACACCUGUUACAGAAUGCUCAAAAGAGGAAGAAAAGGGAAAAUCCCUGAAUGGAAAAAUAAAUAUAUUUUUUUGCCAUAAAGCUGUUCAUCUUGCAACUGUUCUAAUGGAUUAACCUGUGGCUACAAUUAUUCUAAUUAGGGAUCUCUAAAAUUCUUGCCUUCUUAAAAUCCAUCUUUGUAAGUUAAUAUUCCGGGCCAGCAAUCUUUUUUCUACAGAUUAAAAAAAAGAUCAUAGAAAAUUUUGUAUGCAUAUUUGCAACAUGUCAUAAUAUAGAGAGGCCUUAUAUGGAUUUGCCCAAAUUUAUGUAAUGCUUCAGAAAUCUUUUUUAAAAAAUGUGAAUCACUGUAUUUCUUUCCUUGAGAGCUAAAUUCCCUAAUGCAGAAUUUUAAAAUAUAAAGUUUCUGGAGUAAUCUCUUUAAACACCCUACUGCUGUGUAUGUGUAACUUUAAGUAUCUGUACUUUUUUUUUUUUUUAGAAUUUAUGUAGGAAGCCAAAAGCUAGCAGAGACUAGUUUUAAUCCUACUAUGAAGUGUGAUGGGAAUGGAACAUUCAAAUUCACUUUUCGAAUUGGUGUUGUGAUGUUUUUCUCUCCCUUACACUGGUCCUUGUGCCUGGUCAAUUUUCAUAGGAAAAUUAUUUUCUUCCUUUAAUAAGGUAGUGGGAAAACCUGUCCCAACCUCAGGAUGGUGAAUUAUACUCUACACCAACAUACAUAACCAUCAUACAAACAACAAAGAAUGCUGAUAACUAUGCUAAAGUAAAUGUAAUUUUGCAACAACAAUAAAAAAAUUAA